UCUGGAACUGGAACUCGGGGAAAAUGGCGGAAGUAACUUAGCCCUAAUGAAUGAAUUUUCGACGUAACCCUGCUUCACCUCUUGUAUUUCUUUCGACUGACUUCCCUGUUCUUGAUUAAAAUUUCGUGUGUCGCACAGAGCGGUGUAGUAAAUAUGCCGAGCCUGACGUGCCUGCCACUGAGUGUGUCGGAGGUGCUGGAGGCACGGCGAGGCCCACUCAAGGAGCUGGAGAUAUGGGCCCUCUUGUGCCAGUGUGCGGAGACGCUGCAAGAUCUGGUGAUCAAAGGUGAAGCAGGCAGUGACAACUUGUUCCGGUGUUUGGUGGCCCCCAACACUUUGAUGGUGCGAGACAAUGGCUCAGUGGCUCUUGCAGAAGCCUCGGAGAGCCUGCAAGGGUCCUUGUACAUGGCCCCUGAGGUAGAUGGGUACCCGCAGCAAGUGAUGUCAGACACUGCCUUUGAAAAGGUGUUUGUCUACUCCCUUGGGCGCACCCUGCAAGUGGCCUCAGAGUUUGGACUAAAAGAGAAUGAGGUGUUGAGCGUCAGCUUCGACCUGGACUCCCUCCUGCAGGCAAUGACAGAGCCCAAUGCUGCCCUACGUCUUGGCCUUAUACACAUCCUGGAGAUGAUUUUCCACGACAGCAGCUAUGGCAGUGACCAAAGCUGUCAGAUGACGCGUGGUGACUUUCGUGUAGGCCGCGCUAGGAGGCCACGCCGGCACGUGCGACAUCGUCAUGGCGAUGAUGGGUCCUCCUGGUCACGUUCUAGGUCCAGAUCUCGCAGCAGAAGUCGCAAUCGUGGUGGCAGUGAGGGGGUUGGUGGGCUGCGAGGCGGGACAAGGACCACUGCCCCGCAGCCUCCCAGAGACCAUGGUGACCGCUCUGAGAUGACCAGCCCAGUGCCGUCCACCCAUGUCCUGAAUACAUCCACUCACUCAUCUUUGGGGGACUGCUCUGACAGGAGCAUGAAGCAACCCGCCUCUCUCCAGCCUGCUGCAUCCAGAACAGCAUCACAGUGUGUGCAAGGCGUGCUAGGUGUACGUCAGGGCAGCCCUGCCUACCAGAAGUAUCUGCAGCUCAAGGAGAGGCAGAUCCGACUUCGACAAGCCAGAAGUGGCCAGGGCCCCCCGUCUGCCCUACAGGAUGUGCGUAGCCGCCUUCUUCCGCCCGGCGUGCAGUCCCAGGAAGUGCUGGACAGCAUGUCCGAGACGCGCUCUAUGGCCUCUCUUAUCUCCUACACCUUGGGCUCCUACCGGCCCGACCUACAUGCCCAGUUUGGCUCAGAGGCGGCCCUGGACUCCAGCAAGGACACGGAGACAGACGGGGACAGCAUCAUUGACAGCCAGCUCUCUCUGCUCUUUAACUCUGCUGGCAGGCAAGACACAUUGUGGCCUGCUGUGGAAAUGUCUCCUGCCUCUGGACAUCCAGAACCUUCCGAGAGACAGACCACCGACUGGAGCCCUCAUCCACCUGUAAUGUCUCAGCUGCAGCAACAGCAGCAGAGCCAGCAGCUGGUUCCUGAGGUGAUGCUUCAGCAGCAGCAGAAGCAGCAGCAACAACAACAGCAGCAGCAGCAGCGACAACAACAACAACCGCAGCCACAGUCACAGCCACAGCUACCCCAGCCUACACAGGGAAGCCCACCACAGCAGAGAGCAGCAAGAACGUUGGAUACUUCUCCACGGCUAAAGGAACAUUGUGGGCCAGAGUUUGUUUAUAAAGAGAAGAAGCCAGUGAUCCGUGUGGAGCUUCCAGGGGGUGUUGAGACUGGCAAGGGUGCCGGGCUGCCUCGUCAGGUCACUGUGGUACACCUGAGUGGUCAGAGGGUAGACGUCAGAGUGGACUCCAACCUCACGGGACGGCAGCUCUUUGAUAUCAUCAUCCCACACAUAGACCUGGACGACUUUUUCUUUUUUGGCCUCACAUACAUGAGUGAUGGAGAGCAUUUUUUCCUGGAUGGAGACUCUAAGCUGCACAAAGUGUCACCAGAGGGCUGGAGAGAAGGGCCCAAAGGUCAUGCAGCUCCCAUCCCCUUCGUGCUGUAUGUGAGAGUCAAGUUCUACCCAGAAUCCCUCACAGAUUUUCGACACACCAGCAGCUACCAUCUUCUGUACCUUCAGCUGAGAAGAGACAUUCUGGAAGAGCGAGUGACUUGUGACCAGGAUACCCUCGCCCGUCUGGCGGGCCUGGCUUUGCAGGCCGAGUACGGGGACCAAGCGGCCGUUGCCUCGGGGGAGGACUACUUUGUGGCCGAGCACUACUUCCCACUGGCCGCGGUGAGACGUCUAGGCAGCAGCUAUGUGUAUACCCGAGGCAGCCAAGAGCACAAGGCCUGCAAAGGAAUCCCCUGCUCGCAGGCUGAGAUAGAGUUCAUUAAGCAUGUGCGCCAUUUGCCUGAGUAUGGCAUUCAUUUUUACAAACUUUUCAAGAACAAAUCAGACACACAAGCAUUCUUGUGGGCGGGCCUGAGCCAGCACAGUCUUGUCCUGGCGGAGCCCGGCAAUGGUGGCCGCUGUAUCACGCAAGAGUACCCGUGGGGCUCCAUCCUCAAAAUCUCCUUCAACAAACGUCGCUUCAGCCUGCAGCCCAAGGUGGAGGUGGCUCGGGGCAAACCUCCAAAGCUCAGCUUCUACACAAACUCGUACAGAACGGGAAAAUACCUGCUGCAGUUCUCUACAGACUUACAUCGCUUUCAAAUCAGAAUGAGGACCCGUCCCAGCAACUUGGAGACGCUGGCAGGCGACACAUCUGUGUGGAUGGAACGUGACACGGCAGACGCCGGUGUGGGGGAUGACGUGGUUUGUCUUGACACAAUGGACAUGAUGACGGCCCCUCUGGCCCAUGUGGACCCCAGCCAGCUGGCAUUACCUGAUGACGAUGACGACGAUGAAGAUUUUGAUGAGCCAGCAGCUAGUCCAUCUCACUCUAAGCCUCAGCAGACCCUGCAGUACCGCAGGAACGAGUUCCAGAUGGUCAAGUCUGGAUUCUGCACUAGCCAGUGAAAAGACAGAACAUGAAGAAUCGUCCCCACCCUACACGAGCCCCGGUUUUCUCAGUUCCGAGUCUCAGAUCGGCCGCCAGGUGUUCCAAGUGGUGCUGCACAAAGAAGGUAGCCAGGGCAUCGGUCUGACCAUCGUGGGGGGAGAGGCCACCAACAGCCUGGACCUGGGCAUUUUUGUCAAGUCUGUGGCGCCAGGUGGCCCGGCAGAGCGCGACGGACGAAUCAAAUCGGGCGACCGCCUGAUUGGAAUCAACGGCACCAGCCUGGAGGGCAAGCAGCACCACGAGGCGGUGGCUCUGAUCCGAGAUGGCGGCGACGCUAUAUCGCUGCUCGUCUCGCAAAUCAGGCCCCCGGCCACCAUCAAGAGGAGGGAAGAGGGGGUGGCCACGCGAAGAGACGUGGUGGUGGCGGCCUCCGCCAAUACCCCGGGCCACCGUGGUGAGCCGAUUUCCCUUUUCCCCCACAGAGGUGAGACGGCGGUCACCCGGAGUGACUUGAAUCUGGUUGGGAACAGGGGUCAGGCUGAGAGAGUGGGCGACGAUUCUUCAUAUUGGGGCCAACACGUCCCGAGCAGCGCUGCUUUGGACGAGGCUCGCAAGUUUCUGAGAUUUGACGAUGUUGUGAAUAUACCCCAUAACCAACUUCAUAGUAGUAAUGUUAGUGACAACGACGAUGUGUGCCAUUCUGAUGAGGAGAGGAGAAUAAGGAGGAGGGGGGGAAGGUUCCCUUUGGAACCAUCAUCUACCCCGCCACCACCAGCAACCUCGGAACUUAUCUCCACGACCUUGAACAUGUCUGCCGAUCUGGAGACGUUGUCUCGUCCAGCAGCGACCUCCACUCGUCCGAGCUCUCCGUCUUCCCGACCCAGGCAGAGCGUGCUGGUGGGGGAGAGGGAGCCUGCUGCUGCGACUAUCUCCCCGCUGACUGUAGACAUGGACAGGUUCGAGGAAGACCUUCGGGCUGACCUGGAGCUCAGCUACAGGCUGUCUCAUGACACAUUGACGCACGACACGCUGACACAUGACGCACUAACACAUGACGCACUGACGCACAAGACACUGACACAGAACCAGUUGUACGAGGCCAAGGCUCUGCCUUCGGACAGGGCAAGGUCUUGGGGGGAGGAGGGUGGGGAGGGUCUUACGCCGGAGGAACGAGAGGACUUGCAGAUCCUGGGAGACAUAGCAGCACUGGAGGCGGAUGACUCCUCCUCUGACAGUGACUUCGAAACAGCCGUCAGGAACACCAUUGAAGGCACGGGGAAGUCAAGUCCAGGGAAAAUUGUCAACGCAGUCAGCCCCACUAUUGUGAGGCCGUCAGCUGUAGGAAUUCCCAGGCGACUGUCUGCCUCCGAUGUAGUGUAUGAAGUUAUUUUAGAGCGACAAGACGAUUCUCUUGGAAUCCUGACAAGCGCUGGCGGUGAGGAAGGCUUCCCGGCGGACGGAGUCUACAUCAGAGAGAUACUGCCUGGAAGUGCUGCUGAGAUGGGAGGAAUUCUGGCUCCAGGUGACCGACUGCUGGAGGUGGCAGGAGAGAACGUGCUGGACAUGAGACCAGAGCAGGUGGGAGUCUUGCUCCGAUCUGCCCCACCCUUGUGCACAGUCAAAGUGGUGCGGUCAGCCACCAGGGACGCUGCCCUCACCGGAGCCGGGAGCUUCGGUCGUUUUGCUGUGAACACUUCGCUGCGAGACAGAGCAUCGCAAGGUACAGCGCUAGAGGGCACGGGUGGCUCCCCCAGCACGGGUGUGUGGGACCUGGCCCGGGUGAGCUCGAUCCGUCCCUUGGUGGCCUCUGCCCCGAAAGAGAGGAGCCAGCCGCUGGGAGAGAACCUGAACAUCGUCCCCCCUCCCCCGCCCCCACCCCCUGCCUUCUCUCUGGGAGAGUCGGAGUCCAAUACGCAGAGUGAUGUUGACUCGGACGUUCUGGACAGUUCGCGAUCCGAGCUGGACAGCGUGUACCCCACCACUCAUUUGUUGAAGGCAGGGGAGCCCCGACACGCUGAUGUGAAAGGGUUCGAAGGGCUUGUCUUAGAGGAGGGAAAACAAGGCAUGGUAGAUGGUAAAGCUCCUAGGGAUGGUGUGGGAGUCAUGAGGAGAAGUCCAACAGGUGGGAAAGAGGAAGGAAAGGAGAAAUAUAAGGAGAGAGACACAGAAAAAUCCAAGGAGAGAAAAAUGGAGAGAGACAAGGAGAGAGCCAAAGAGACAAGGAUGGAGAAAGACAAGGAAAGAGAGAGAGAUGAG